GAAUUGGACGCAGGUAUUGUCCAGGAUGUUCUUAUCAUAGUCACAUCAAUGCUGGCAAAGAUUAUCUCCUGAACUAUUAAUUUUGUGAGGAUGUUUUCUUUGACCAUGCAACACAACUAAACUUGUGUUAUAUGUUUAGGUUGAUGAAGACCACAGCGUGUGUGAAUAAUCUAUAGAAUCAUUCAAAGGUAACACACUUUGUUAUAACGUAAUAAAGAAUGCGUGUGACAUUUCUCUACAGAGAUACGGCGGAGUGCAUGCAAAUAUUUUUAACUGAUAAUCAGCAUAACCAUUAAGAGACAAUUGUUUUCAAUGUCGCGUAAUAUUGGCGAUGAAAAGUAUUCGAAAGCAAAAACCGUUUUGGCGUUCCUCUCAAAUUACUGAUUACAAUUAUCAUUAAUAUUGUAAAGUUGACGGCAUAUUUAUACAGCAAUAUAAGCCAAACAUACUAAACUUCAGACAUCAUUUUCUCUUUGGCGUACAGGCUAAAAUUUCUUCAUUUUAGAGGUUUUACAGAUAAAGCGAUUUUUAAGCGAAUAUAGCACUAAACAUACUUUUUUUGAUGUUUGAAUAUAACCAACAUUAGUUUUGAGCGCAUGUGACUUAGGUCUACAAUUCCUCUUAACAUUGCAAGAGAGUUCAGAGAAUGGAAAUAGGCUCAUCAAUAGCCUCUAAGUACAGGCAUCUCUUCCCCGGGUGAGAUGCCUGCAGGGGAGCCUAUCUAUAUACCAGCUGAUUUGCAUGUCGCUAUCUAAAUUGAGCCGGAAGACCACAAGGGGACGAUCUUGCUUGGACCAAAUUACGAAGGCAUUUACGGCAGAAUAAUUAGAUCUCACUUGUGGUAUUAGAGCUGGUCAUUAUACUGUGCCGAGUAGUUACGUGCGCACAAGGGCACACAGCGUGAGCAGCAACACUGCCAACACAAGAAUACAAACACGAACCGAAAUUUGCAGAUUGAUUUUGAUAAAAACGUUUGUAUUCUUUGAUUAUCUUAAACAUGAUACAAGAUUUUGUAUCGAAUGCUCCUUUACGGUCAUGAUUUUCCAUGAAUCAUUGAUGAAUGAUGAACUAAUAAAUGUCUCUCGGACAAUACAUGAAGUUCCAAUACGACUUUACGACAAGACAUUUUCUGUAUGUUAUUUAAGCCAUCAUGAGACUGUUACUUUGUUGUUGUUGUUACUUAUUAGCUUUUUCCAUCAUUAGUUCUCAUCAGUUAGAUAUUGUAUGUCAUCAGUUAGGUGAUCUUAGUAUGGGUCAUAGAUAUAUAUUCUCUACUCUGUGACCGUGACAUUACGCAAAGGAAAGUGUGGUUGUUUCGCUUGCAAACUAUGGGGGAUUUAUCAACACAAAUCUCUGGCGAGCAUUUUAUCUCGAGGCGAUGUAAAUUGUUAACAAGUUUGACGUUCUCAUCAUUCCAUGACAUUAUCACAGUUUCACCUUCAACGUUCUGUAUGAGUGCAGGAAGUGAAAUCUUCCAGAGAAAAUACAGCGAUAUUUACGCAAGAGAUUUAAAAAUAUCUUCACAGUUUUGAAUCGUGACAAUGAAUGAAUAAUGGUUUUGGAAAAUAAUAUCCAGGAAGAAAAUUAUUGUUUUAGUUGGGGCCACACCAACCGUUUGAAUGUAGCACUAAUUGGUUUUAAAUAUUUUAAUGAGUCGUUAUUUAUACUAAUUAGUUCUUAUUAAUUUUAACCAGUUCCAAUAAAUCGACAUGAAAUAUUUUACUCUACAGCAUCUUCAUCUUCAAAAAAAUAGUAUUGCAUUUCAGGAACUGUAGCACCAUGUGUCAUCUGUAGCGUUGUUUUAGCCAGCUAGAAGUAAAACUAAAGUCCCACUCAAGCCAAAACAACAUAUCUCUAUAAACGUGGGAAGCGCUGGCCUCCACUAUCUUAUCUCCAACUUAUACAGUUGAAGGCAAGAUAAAACUCGGACAAUCUAACUUGCGUGAUCUAUGAAUGUCACAGCGUUUUCCAUCGUCUAUCUUCCCAACAGUUGGCAGUCUACAUCUGACUAUACACGCAGCGUCCCACCUGAUAAUGGCGAUAGAUAACAGCUUGAAAAUAUUCCACAUUACAAGAACUCAUCAAGUUCAAUAUAUUGAUGAGACGCAAAUGCUUGUGCGAUGUUUUGACAUCAUGUGUUAUUUAUCACUCUUGCUGGAGGUGGAGUAGAAUUCUUCAAUAAUGUUGAUGCGAUGUGAAUGUUAGUACCAUUAUCGAGAGUUCCUGUACCACUCAUUGCAUGAGUAGAAAUCGUGUGUUACACAUGUCUCCACAAUGUGGUUUUUUGAACAAACACAUUUCCAUUCUACACCAGAACGUUGUACAUUGAUACAAUCAUAUUUUACUGACAUAUAGUUGUUUGUUAUUCAUGUUGCGUAGCAUUUCUUAUCUUUUGUUUUAUGGAUAUCCUGCGUCAUCAGUUUAUCUUGCAAUGAAAUGUGUGUCUAAUGUAAAUGUUAUAAAGUGUGUAAUAUAAAUGUGCGAUCAAAUCUUUUGAUGUGUAGUUUGAUAUACCGUUGCCAGUCGUAAAUGUACAUUACUACUUACAAAUGAUUGGGCUAGCUGUAUUGGUGGGAAAUAUUUAUUCCUAAUUCUGUUACUAGGCUUUCAAUCUAUUGAAGUUACGUUGGAAGAGAUAAGCCACGUUUUCUGAGGUGAGUUGGCAAGAAUGCAAUCUCAUUCCGGAAAAAAAGAUUGUCCAGGAUUACUCGAGUGUAACAUUAUAUACAGAGUUUUGUCUGUUUUCCAAAGUGUUAAAUAGUGUAUACGUCUGCUAAUUUCACGUGCAGGGGGUCUGAAAUCUGCAAAUGCAAUUAUAGCAAAGUUAACCUCAUGGCAACGCAGUCGAGUUUACUGACUUUAUGAAACUGAUGGAAAGCUAUUACGAGAGUUUCAAGUGAGAAAUCUGUCCAGCCGUCUAUCAUUAUUACGUCUCUACUUGUGUUGACGUUUCAAAUGAUGCCAUAUCAUUUUACUGCAUCAACACUAGCAUAUAAAGCUUGUCCAGGCAAUUCUCCAUGAUUUCAAGUGGUGGGAGACUGCCUAUUUUGAAUAAUGUAAGCCAGUGUAGAUCCUCAUUUUCACCUUGUUCUUAUUGCGAGCAUCUUUAUGGAAUUGGUUUGUCAGUUCAACUAAUUCCAUCCAUUCAAACUUUUUUUCUAUUUGUACAGCACAGCCAAGGUUGAAAGAUAAUCUAACGUGGAGGAAAUUUUCAACAUUUAAAAGGUCUGUACAAUGUCUGUCAGAGGAACGUUUCAUGGAACUGAAUUGUUAAAGUGUGCAUGGAAAUGUUAUACAAGGGUGCAUGUGCUAAAAUUGCAGUUACUUUACGUGAAUUUUCGCUCGCAUAUGUAUAUUGUUAACUUAUCUCAACACAAACAUUUAAAUAUUUUCUCAAAAACUACUCUACCGAAAGUCCAUGUUUGGAAUGUGAAUAUAGAACGCAGUAAAUGCUAAUUUGUGUAUGUCUAUCUGUUGAAAGCAUUUUAAGAAAAUGAAACCGCUUCUGUGGUGAUGUUCCAAUCAAGGCAGACAUUUUUUUAGCACAUCUGGUGUUUUAUCUUGUGAAAUCAAGAAUGUUUUUAUGCUCAAGGUUGGAGUUUAUGAUUAGUAUCUAGAAUCACAGUCAGUCUUGAAGCGCAUGCAUAACAUGCUUGCGUUAUGUGAUGGAAUGCGUGCUUUUUAUUCAACGUUUUACCAUCAAACGAUUUAAAAAACAUAUGUUUGUUUGGAUACAUCUGUCUUAAUCGUAUUUCUCAAGUGCACCGUUUUGCCGAGUAGUUUCAUAGUGCUUUGCUUUUAAUGUAAAUACAAGACAAUUAACGAAGAAAGACGGCUAAAAUUAAUACCUUCCGUUACACGCGAUUUAUUCCAAUUUUUUGAUAUCUCAAUUUGCGUCACGAAACUCAAAGCGACAACUCCGUUUUACAAACAAAUGGACAGCACAUAUGUUUACUAUACAAUCAUUGUCCCAUGCUUAUAAGCUAUUACUUUCUGUUGACUGUAUUCAUCCUGACAGCAGGUGAUUUUUGUUGCUAAAAAUAUAUCCAUUCCUUACCAUAUACAGUUUUUGAAAAACAAAAUAAGACGCAAUUGAUGGAGUGCGAUUGUCCAAUUAUUUGCCAUCAACAAUUUUCAUACGGUACACGUGAGGAAACGAGAGUAUUUGUACGACACUGUUUAAUACCUAGAUUUUAUCACGUGUUUUACUGUGCUGUCCAUGCUAUACUGUUGGCGUCGCGUAUCGAACAUUUUGAGCUGUUAUAAAAUUAUUGUUAGAUAUUCGUCGGAUGCCAAUGUAGAAAGAUAGGUUCAAUAAAGAUAGGUUAUAGGGAAUUUUCAGGUUUAUUGAUUGUUUUGUUCCCUUAAGCGGUUAAGCCUGCUUUCCCGUUUUUCAUACGCACGGGAAAAUUUAUAUUGUUUUAAAUUUUACGUUUGAAAUAACUAAUUUGAAUAACGGAAAUAAUUUAGUUGUUUGUAUGAAGUGUAUUUGUUGAGGUAAUUUGGAAAGAUUGUGCGUGACACACGCACGUAUGAAAAACGCUGGAAAGCAGCCUACACUCACACUAGACGGAAAUUUCCCACCGUCUUCUAAUCUGCGCCAGGAUCAUGCGCGAAUCACGCAUGUGGUCAAAGGUCUGCAAUUACUGUUUGAUAAGCGCCAUCAGGAACACCACAGGUUUUCCUACCAUGUAGGCCCAAUCAAAACACAUUUAUAUUCAAUGUGACGCAUCACUGUGCUGCAAGAAUUGUAAGUAAAUUUAUUCAAUCAUUAGUUUGGCAUUUCAGUCCAAAGCAAAACCAGUUGACUGACAAUCGUUAUUGCACGGAAAGUAUUAUUGUAGUCUCACUUGAUUGUUGAUGAGCUUUGUUGAGAGACGAUUGUCUUCAGGCGAGGUGAUUCUAAAAAUUAUCUUUCGCUUCCAACGCUUGCAUCAUUAUUGUCUAUUUAGCGUAGUUUUGUCAAUGCAAGUAAUACUAAUUUUUUCAUUAUAGCUGUUAAAAAUAAAGUCUAAUGUACUGUUUUUCCUUAUAACUUGAGGGCAUUGUCUAGGCAUUUAUCUUGACAUCAUUGGUUGUUAUUUAUGCACAGUUUUCUACUUGAUAACUUUGAUAGAGGUUGAAUGUCGCACCUGAAUUCUUCUUUUACAGAUGAACGAACAAGAAAAAACAGUGAAUGAAGAAAAUAAGGAUGAGGACCUAAGCUGGGGCUGGCGUUCGUUCAGACCUCGGUGUUUGCAAUGGUUGAAUUGUUCGCUAGGAUUGCUGAUUGUUCUAGCUUUAUGCGGCAUCGUUUACGGUAAGAAGCACAAUGUUUACAAUGGAAUUUGUGAAAAGAGCAAGUAAUUUUAGCCACAUGCAUGUUCGCCUAGUUUGAUUGGGUUUAGUAAUUGCCACGAAAUUUCUUGCCUGCAAAUCUGAAGUUCUGGAGGCUAGAGUUGUACAGGGUGUAAACCAACUACAACAUGUUCGUGUUCAGUUUAUCAAUAACAUUUUUACUCAGCAAGGAAAUUCAGCCUUUUCGCGUGAAAUGAUACAAAAAAGGUGUCAUUCGUAAACUAAAACCCUAAUCUUUAUUAAGAUGAAAAAUUCAAUCUUUGCACGCAAUAUUGCGGACACAACAGCACCACUCUAAAACUCGAUUGUCUUUUUUGAAUAUACCCUGCUGUAUAUUAUGCCCUUUGACGAACAAAAAUAUGAUAAGUGGCUGGAAUGCGUGGGAUAUGCGAACAAUGAAAAGACAACUGAUGACGGAGUCGUGCUUUACUACUUUCUUGAUGUUUUUUAGGUAUGACAGUGAAUGGUUUUAACUACGCAGCAAUCCCCUCGCUUGAGAAACAGUUUCAUUUGAACAGCAAACAAACAGGUCUGAUGUCGUCUGUCAAUAACAUAUCAAAUAUGCUCCUGACAAUCAUAGUCAGUUUUUAUGGAUCAUUUGGAAACAAGCCUCGCUGGAUUGGUCUCUCCUUGACUUUUGUUGGCUUUUCAUUGGUCUUGUUUUCUGCUCCACAUUUUAUGAUUGGAAGAUAUGAACCCCCCGCAGGUGAGAGUCUUUUGUGUUCUCAUGUUCUGGUUUAAGUGGAUGUUAUUUUAAUAUCAAGUCAUGGCUGCAUGAGGCAGUACAUGCUGGUUCACACUAGUUGUGGAGCUGGUUGUGGAGCUUUAAGCAACUGAGCUACAGAGAGACAGUUGUGGAGCUCUAAGCAACUGAGCUACAGAGAGACAGUUGUGGAGCUCUAAGCAACUGAGCUACAGAGAGACAGUUGUGGAGCUCUAAGCAACUGAGCUACAGAGAGACAGUUGUGCAGCUCUAAGCAACUGAGCUACAGAGAGACAGUUGUGGAGCUUUAACCAACUGAGCGACAGAGAGACGGUUGUGGAGCUGUUACCGCAAGGUUCGCUCCUGGUUAGGUGUGAUAACUGUAUAAUUUCACUCUCAAAAUCUCCAGCUGCAAAACCUUUGAACAAUGAACUGAGUCAUACCUCUUACAUUUUCAGCCGUGCAUUCUUCGCAGUUCUGUUCAUCAGACAACAGCUCAAGAUGUGAAGACAGUGACUCUAUUACAUUCUCCUGGUCUUAUUUCAUCAUAUUUCUGCUGUCUCAAGUUAUCGCAGGCGCAGGUGGUGCUCCCAUCUUCAGCCUGUGUAUCGCAUAUCUAGACGAGAACAUCAGCCCUAAACAUACGUCCAUAUUUAUUGCGAUAUAUUACGUGUCUGGUUUCCUGGGUCCUAGUAUUGGUUUUGUUAUUGGUGGACAAUUGCUGAGUACGUACGUGGACAUUGAUCAGGUCAGUUCCAGUGAAGCCCGGAGGAUGAGAAUGCAUGAGAGUUUGCAGUCACGCGAGCUUGGUUAGCUGUUCUUAAUGCUUUCCCAACACUAUCAUGUAUUUAAGUGAAAACAUAGUUGGAACAUUCAUCAAACCUUUAUUUUGUCAAUCUAGAGCUUGAAAUGUCCCCUGUAUCACGCGGGACUACCUACUGUCGUUGACUGGGGUUUGAACGAUCUUAGUCAUCAAGUACCAGAAAGUGUUAAGUGAUGCAAAAUACCAACGAAAAGAGUUCUAACCAAUUUCCGGGUGUCGUCCUUGUUGACAUAAACGUCGCUUAAAUUGAGCAAUACAAUGACGCCGGGCAUUAAUAUUGUUUUUCCAUUUCAGCCUGAGGGUUUCGACCUGAGUCCCAAGGACCAACGCUGGUUAGGCAAUUGGUGGAUAGGAUCCUUGGUCGGUGCAUUUGUCAUGUUCGUCGUAGCAUUCGUCAUUAUGGGGUUUCCACGGCAACUGCCACGUGCUAAGGCACAGCGUGAAGAAGCGAUAAAGAAUAAGGAAAUUCCUGCGCAUGAUCAGAAAAUCUCGGGAAAUAUCAAAGAUAUUAUACCAGCAACGAAACGUUUGGUGUGUAAUCCCGUCUAUGUUUUUCAGAGUCUUGGCGUGUGGGCUCAGUAAGUGUGACAGCAUAUCAUUAUAAAGUCUGUCGUAUCCUACCGUAGCGUUUACCGUUACCAUUAAGGUAUCAGUAACCAAUCAGAUGCGUUUGAUAUGUCUGAUUAACCAAUCAGAUCCGUUUGAUAUGUCUGAUUAACCAAUCAGAUACGUUUGAUAUGUCUGAUUAACCAAUCAGAUGCGUUUGAUAUGUCUGAUUAACCAAUCAGAUACGUUUGAUAUGUCUGAUUAACCAAUCAGAUACGUUUGAUAUGCCUGAUUAACCAAUCAGAUACGUUUGUAAUGUCUGAUUAACCAAUCAGAUGCGUUUGAUAUGUCUGAUUAACCAAUCAGAUACGUUUGAUAUGUCUGAUUAACCAAUCAGAUGCGUUUGAUAUGUCUGAUUAACCAAUCAGAUACGUUUGAUAUGUCUGAUUAACCAAUCAGAUACGUUUGAUAUGUCUGAUUAACCAAUCAGAUGCGUUUGAUAUGUCUGAUUAACCAAUCAGAUGACGUUUGAUAUGUCUGAUUAACCAAUCAGAUGCGUUUGAUAUGUCUGAUUAACCAAUCAGAUACGUUUGAUAUGUCUGAUUAACCAAUCAGAUACGUUUGAUAUGUCUGAUUAACCAAUCAGAUGCAUUUGAUAUGUCUGAUUAACCAAUCAGAUACGUUUGAUAUGUCUGAUUAACCAAUCUGGUACGUUUGAUAUGGCUGAUUAACCAAUCAGAUACGUUUAAUAUGUCUGAUUAACCAAUCAAGCGCGUAUUAGGCCAGUGAGAGGUAGUGGAAGUCAAAUCUGAAGCUCUAUUAAGUUUGAAAUAAUUGUUUAUUUCACAGAGUUGUUCUCGGAGCAGGUGUUGGUCCAUUUCUCUAUAAGCUCAUCAGGAUUCAUUAUGGAGCCACACAAGCUCUCGCUGGGGUUGGUGUAGGGAUGAUUGUGGGUAUCAGUAGUACUUGUGGGACAUUGAUUGGUGAGUAUCCUGAUAUCCUAACACAUAAACACGUAUGUGAAGAGUAUUUGAAGGCUUCGUUAAUCAACUGACAGUCAGCUUAAAACCUGUCGGCAAAUACUUUGUAGUUUAUGCUGAAUGGUAAUGCGAUAUUUUAAAGUCUCUUAUUGUUUGGUCAAUAAACCUCCCACCUUAUACCACCAAGAGAUAUGCAACCAAAACAGUUACAUCUUAGCCCAGGGUUCGCGCUAACUAGUUUGGAACAACCCAGCUCUCAACUACAAAAAGAAUGAUUUAUACCUAACUCAACUUGAACUUAAUAGGUUCGUUGUUUGGCAGCAAGACUGAACUAAAGAACAGUUGUAAAGUGGCAGCAAAGUAUUGUUUUUUCUUACAACUUGUUGGGAUGUGGAUGACAUUUAUGUUUCUAGUCCCUGGAUGUAAUGAUAUCAACGUCCCUGAGCAAACGCAAAGGUAAGCGAAGGUAAAGGCGUCUUUAUUGCAAGAGGGUCUGGACUCAACUGAGAAAUACUCUAGUUGACAAACGAUGAAACAACGGUUUGGGAACGGCCAUACCGCUGACAAUUGACUUAAAUUUUGAUAUUUUUAGCUCGUGCAAUUGUGAUGGUGUGAAAUACGUUCCAGUAUGUAAUUAUAACACGACGUACUACUCUGCUUGCCACGCUGGAUGUCCACAGCAGAACUCAACAUCAAAGGUAAAUAUUACCAGGGCUUACCUCUGUCGCCAAACAUUGUCUCAUUCUACCUCCAUGGGAGUACUUUCAGUUCUGCUAAACACCACAGGUUUUGUCCAGGAAGAACGUCGGGGGAGAUGUAGUUUAGCUUUCCUCCCCUCGUAAAACUGGACAGACAAAUAAUCGGCAGAACAGUUUUGAACAUUUAACAUUAGUACAUUUUAAAGAAUAUCAUAAAUUCUCAGCUUGAAGCAACCAAACCUUCGAUCAUAUUUUCUCUAGAUUUAUAAAAACUGCUCCUCUGCAUUCUCGAGUGGAAACGAACAAUCUGAAUUAAAGCUUGGUGUUUGUGAUCGAGGCUGCAAGAAUGUUUAUAUUUUCUUAAUUGGUUUUACUUUACUCCUGUCUUUGAGUUAUCUCAAUGAUAUUCCUGGCAAGGUCGUUACUAUGAGGUAUUUACUAUCUGGCCUUCCUGCCCCCGAGGUUGAAUAAUCAAUAAUGCAGUAUGAUUUUUUCCUGCAGGAGUGUACCAGACAAUCAGCGUUCUUAUGCUCUAGGUCUUCAGCUGGUCCUGUGGCGAGCUCUGGGCAGUCUCCCAGCGCCGGUCAUCUUUGGAUCGUUUAUUGACAGAUCUUGUAUAUUAUGGCGGGAGUCAUGUGGGCAGAAGGGAGAUUGUCUGGCUUAUAAAACUGGCAGUGUCGUCUACGUCAUCAUCUCAUCAUCCCUUGUACUUCAAGGUAAGUCUGCAAACUAUCUCAAACGUAGUGCAAGGACGUGGAACAGGGAGGCCGGGGGAGGGGCAUGGCCUUUUCGGUGGAUAAUAAAAAAUCACCGGAUAAAAUCCAGCCUGCCUGCGUGGAAUAGCUCCCGUGCUAUCCUGCCCCCUCCGCCCCCCACACUUAAAAACAGGGUCCGCGGUCCCUGUAAUGGUCCAGUGUAGGUAGUAUUCUACAAUAAGCUGUUGUGGUUUGUGUCUGAACUACCUGAAAAAGAUAUCUCAAACGUGGUGGUCCAGUGUAGGUAGUAUUCUACAAUAAGCUGUUGUGGUUUGUGUCUGCACUACCUGAAAAAGAUAUCUCAAACGUGGUGGUCCAGUGUAGGUAGUAUUCUACAAUAAGCUGUCGUGGUUUGUGUCUGAACUACCUGAAAAAGAUAUCUCAAACGUGGUGAUCCAGUGAAGGUAGUAUUCUACAAUAAUCUGUUGCGGUUUGUGUCUGAACUACCUGAAAUUAAAAAGAUAUCUCAAACGUGGUGGUCCAUUGUAGGUAGUAUUCUACAAUAAGCUGUUCUGGUUUGUGUCUGAACUACCUGAGAAAGAUAUCUCAAACGUGGUGGUCCAGUGCAGGUGGUAUUUAGGUAGUUUAGAUAAUACUGCCUACACUGAUCCUCUGGUGUAGUAUCAACUACAAAUGAUCAAUUUAUUUCCUAGCGUUGGCCAUAAUAUUCUUCCUGCUGUGUUGGUAUUUUGCUUGCAAAUCCAGAGCAGAUCACGAUGUCCAUCAAAAUGGCGGACCUUCGUCUGUUGAAGGAAAUGGAAGUGUUUCCAACGGAAGUAUUUCUUGGCCGAAAGAGCAUGGAGUAGACAAUCCUGUGGGUGUGAACGAAAUCAUUUGCGAUGAAGUUGAGACGAAAUUUUGACAGAAAAUGACGGUGAUAAAAUUUCGACUUGAGAAACUACUCGAAAAGAUGUAUAAAAUAGUUCUCGCUUGUUCUCGCAUGUAUUUCACACAUUUUAUAACUUGUAAAUUGUUCGUAUGUAUAGUCGCAUCUUAGGUAACAAAAAAUUGGAAGAACAAUCGCUGGACACUCUACUGUUUUUAUGGUAUUUAUAGAACAAGUUAAUCCUAACAUAUUGCUAGCUUACAAAUGAAUGGUUUUUGUUAUAUACUUAAAAGGUUCUCAAAAGGAUAAAAAUACCAAGGAAUACUAGAUUCCCCUUAUUACGUUUUCGUAGCGAUUUGCAUUGUGGUUCUAGUGGUAUCACUGAUAUUCAAGAUGGCGUAUUUUUUUGUCCUGACCCAUUCAAGAACUUUUAAAAAAAGCUAGGGUCAGGUGUGCGAUAGCCAACAGCAAAAUAUUUGCGAAAACAUUCAAUAUUUUCAUUCGAGGCCACUCUCUUUAUCAGUGAUACACUGAUACCACUAUAACCACAAUGCAAAGCGCUACUUUUUGGGGUACUUUGCCAAUCCUGCAGCACCACGUAACGGCGACAUUUUAUAAUUUUAUGGGUGUAUGAUGGUAAAUUUACUCUGUAAAUAGUUAGUUUGUUCUGAAAUAUUGCUUUUCACAUUGUUAUAAUCGUUUACGAAAAAUUACAGUACCCCAAAAAUGGCGGCGUGAGAAAGGCUGAUUA